AUGUCCUCCCCUCAAUUCUGGUCCACUCCCCUCCGUUACAUUCGCUGGGCCUCUCACGAGAAGCCUGCAAUUCUCUACUCUCUGAUUAUCGGUGGCAUGGGUCCCGUUGCGCUGUUCAGUCUGCCCCCGAUCCGCCGGGCCCUCGGCGAUGUUGAUCCGGAGCCUAUUCCCCUCACAUAUCCUAUUCCGACUGGUCCGCGGGUGAUCCCUCAGGGCUACGACGACGAGUAA